GUGAUAAAUUGUUUACUUCCGGCAAGUUGCUUCAGAUAGCUUCCCGCCAAACAAAGAAUAAUUUCAGAAUGCGGGGUGCAAGGAAGGCAAAGACGAAAGCCAAGUCUACUGUACAGGGGGCAUUCGUUGAGGCCACAUCAGAUUUACCAAUUCCAGAAAAUGACUCUGACAGUGACUUUGAGGAACCAAUGUCAGUAUCUGGGGCUGGCAGUGGCAGAGGGAGGAAAAGGGGGUCCGGCCGAGGGGGCAGUUCUGUUAAGCGACCCAGACAAGCUGGAGCUUCAGGGAGGAGCAGAAAAAAGAGUGGGGAGGAAGAAGACACAGGGACAGGCUCGUUGUUUGACAUUGUAAAGAGCGGAAAGGCAACACUGCAGAUAACAGUUGAUGAAUGGAUUGAAUCCUACAAAAAUGACCGUGACACAGCCCUAGUGGAGCUGAUUCAGUUUUUUAUCCAGGCCUCAGGCUGUAAAGGAACCAUAACUCCAUUUAUGUAUGCUAACCAAGAACAUGCUGAGAUCAUUCGAAAAAUGACUGAAGAAUUUGACGAGGACAGUGGAGACUACCCUCUUAUUAUGUCAGGCCCUAACUGGAAGCGUUUCCGGGUGAAUUUCUGUGAGUUUGUGCAGGUGCUUGUUCGACAGUGUCAGUACAGUAUCAUCUAUGACCAGUACAUGAUGGACAAUAUCAUCUCUCUUCUGACCGGACUGACCGACUCACAGGUCCGAGCCUUCCGUCACACUAGUACUCUGGCAGCUAUGAAGUUGAUGACAGCUUUAGUAGAUGUAGCAUUAAAUCUUAGCAUAAACCUGGAUAACACACAGAGACAAUAUGAAGCAGAGAGACAGAAACAGCAACCAAAGAGAGCAAAUGAUCGAUUGGAGAUGUUGUUACAGCGAAGACAAGAGCUUGAAGAAAACCAAGCAGAAAUUAGAAACAUGUUGACCUACAUCUUCAAAGGAGUUUUUGUCCACAGAUACAGGGACUCACAGCCUGAGAUUCGCUCCAUCUGUAUGUCAGAGAUUGGGAUCUGGAUGAAGAAGUAUCCCAACAUGUUUUUGGAUGAUGGAUAUCUCAAGUAUGUGGGAUGGACACUGUAUGACAAGAAUGGGGAUGUACGCUUGUGUUGUCUGAAGAGUCUCCAAGCUUUAUAUGAAACGGAAGAACUGGCCACAAAGAUGGAACUGUUUACUAACAGGUUUAAGGACCGUAUUGUAGAGAUGACCCUGGAUAAAGAGCAUGAAGUGGCCGUCCAAGCCAUUAAACUGGUCAUCAGUAUUCUCAAAUUUAAUGAGCAGAUUCUGGCAGACAAGGACUGUGAGAAUGUUUACGAGUUAGUGUAUUCAUCUCACAGACAUGUGGCUCAGGCUGCCGGGGAAUUCCUUAACGCCAAGCUCUUCAGGCGAGACGAGAGUACAAAUAAACUCAAAAUUCACAGGGGCAAGAAGCAGAGUCUAAAUACACCUCUGUUACGAGAUCUGGUGCAGUUCUUUAUAGAAAGUGAGUUACAUGAACAUGGUGCUUAUCUAGUGGACAGUUUGUGGGAAAUAAAUGAUAUGAUGAAGGACUGGGAGUGCAUGACUGACUUACUACUGGAGGAACCAUCCAAAGGGGAAGAAUUUAUGGAUGACAAACAAGAGACAAGCCUGAUUGAGAUCAUGGUGUGUUGUGUUCGUCAGGCUGCAACAGGGGAAUCCCCUGUGGGAAGAGGCACCAGUAAAAAGCUGACAUCCAAAGAACACAAACAGGUGCUUGAAGACAAGACAAGAUUGACAGAACAUUUCAUAUCAACACUGCCCCAGCUCUUGUUAAAGUAUCUAAUGGAUGCUGAAAAAGUGGCCAAUCUCCUCCAGAUCCCUCAGUACUUUGAUUUAGAUAUCUACACAACUAGCAGGCAGGAGAAGAAUCUGGAGCUUCUGUUGAGGUACCUACAUGAGAUCAUGGAGAAACACACUGACUCAGAAGUAUUAGAAGCGGCCUCUAAGUGUUACGAGUGUCUCUGUGGGGAGGAAUACGCCAUCGCUGGAAAGUGUGACGUAGCAAGGAAAACACUUAUAGACAGUCUCAUCGCUAAGUUCAAGGAAUCAAUGCAUGACUUCUUUGCUGAGGGAGAGGAACCUGACGACGAUGAAAUCUUUGCCCUUUUGGCCUGUCUAAAGCGUAUAGAGGCCCUGUACAGUUGUCAUGAUUUAAACAGCUGGGACAUCUGGGAUGAUCUUUUUCACAUCAUUAAGUCUGGCAAUGACAGCCAGGGAAUUCCAGAAGAGAUUGUUUGUAAGGCUCUGGCAUGUGCGAGCCAAGCAUUGCUGUGGUACCUGAACAAACUUGACGAGUCGAACCCUAACAAGGACGAGAUGCGAGCCCUGAGGAAACGGCUGAAUGACAUGAUGACUUACUGCCAUGACCUACUUUUCCACCAGCAAGACAAAGUCGGAGAAGAGGCAUACAUAACAAUUUGUGAUUUGUUGGUGAUGUUUAGUCGACAUCUUGGUGAGAUUAAUGAAGUGAUGAAACCACUUGUGUAUGAACCAGACAAGAAUCUCCAACAACAGCUCAGCAACUUCUUGACAGAGAAAGUCUUCAUUGAGGAUGAUGAUGAAGACAUUGAUGAGAAUGUUAAGAUAGAGGAGCUUCACAAAAGACGGAAUUUCUUGGCCUCAUUCUGUAAACUGGUCAUCUACAACAUUGUACAGAUCAGGAUGGCCGCAGACAUGUUUAAACACUACAUGAAGUUUUACAAUGAUUAUGGGGACAUCAUUAAAGCCACACUAGGAAAAGCCAGAGAAAUCAACAAGGUCUCUACAGCCAAAACACUGGCUCUAAGCCUGACACAGUUAUACAGAGAGCUACAGAUGGAGAUGGGAACCGUAGACAGAUCAUCAGAGGCUUUCCAGUCCCUCAAGGAAUUGUCCAGGAGGUUUGCCCUGUCCUUUGGGUUGGAUCAGGUGAAGAACAGAGAGGCUGUGGCUGCUAUGCAUAAGGAGGGAAUUGUGUUCAGUUUACAUGUAGAUGAACAUCAUGACAUCAACACACCACCCCCUAAUCUCUCCUUCCUAGAGGUCAUCUGUGAGUUCACCAACAAACUGAUGAAACAGGAUAAAAAAGUGGUACUUCAGUACCUGGACAAGCACCUGCCUGGAGGGAUGAUGCCCCAGUCAAGGUCUGAGGAGUGGCAGUCGCUGUUUACAUACCGUAACAGUCUGGCCCAGGGAGAUGGGGAAGUCCACCCCAUCACACUCAAACAGGCCUCCCAGAGGCGCUAUGGCAACAAACGUAAACAGAUGGAUGUGUCAGACCACGACUCUAACAUGAGUGACUGGGUGGACAUGUCUGUUGGUACCCCUGCCCCGGGGGUGCCAGUUAUGGCCUCUACUGCCAUUAAAAGGCGCCGUAUGGAUGAGGAGAGUAUGGGAGGUGCAUCGGAGCAAGGCUCUGAAGACUUCCAGGAAUCGUACAUAAGUGGACCCCCUCAGGUACCCCAGAUGUCAUGGAUAGCUGGACAGAAAGGUCGACAGGACACACAGAGACAGAUGGAGCCGAUGUACAGUCACUACAGACAGACCAGCAACUUGCCACCCAUGGAAUCUGAAGGCAGUGAAGCCAGCAUUGGAGACUUUGAGAGUCCUCGAUCUCAAGUCAUGCCACCUGGUUACUAUGGAGAUGGCUCACAAAACAUUGAGGAUCAAUCACAUUCCGGGGCCAUGCAACACAUGACCCAGGCACAUUCACAGUCAGAGAUGGGUCAUCAUGGAUACUGAUGAAAAAGUUGUCAGAUCACCAGAUGUUACCUAGGAGAUUAUGACCUUGACCCAGAGUAUAUCUAUUAAUAUCCUAGAAAUAAAGCUGAUCUACUGGAAAGACACAAACCAAAAUGAUCUCAGCAUUGUCUUGACAUUCAAGUAAACAGUCAUGAACAUUUAGAUGUAAAGAACACUAAUGAUGGAAUUUAAUGUGUUGUUACAUUUAUUAUAAACUUUUGUCUUUAAUGUUAUAUUAGAAUAGUAUCUUGUGCUUCUGGCAUAUAGCUGUAUGUAAAUAUAUUGUAUUUGUGAAUUAUUUAUAGAUGAGAAUUAGAGAAGGUACUGACAGUGUAUCAUGAAAUAUGUUUUGAGUGCUGCUAGAUAUAUUGUGUUUUUUGAAAAGAUGUAAAUCACAUCAUUAGAAAUAUGUUGUAUCAAUCUGUUGUUUUAUCUAAUUAAA